AUGUCGUCUAAUGGGGACAGCGUUAAAAAGAAGAUGAGCCCUUUCUCAAUUGAAAGCAUUCUCUCUCUCCCAUCACCUGAGAAAACUGAAAUGACUAUUGCCAUGCAACACGAGUCUGAGUUGGCACAAAAGGGGCAGAGUCCAAAGGACCUCUUAGUAGUCACAUCCCAGGAUGAAAUUUGGGUAACAGCUUCCUCCAGGAUACACUGGCCUCUACAUAUGGUCCAUGCUAAUCACGGAGAUGCUGGUGCUGCUGUGACAGUGGAACCCCCAACACUUCUUUCCUUGCCUCACACACAGAGGCGGACGCGACGUCACCGCACCAUCUUUACAGAAGAUCAACUGCAAGCUUUGGAACAAACUUUUCACCACAACCAGUAUCCUGAUGUUAUUGCUAGAGAACAGCUAGCAGGCAGGAUUCAGCUCAAAGAGGAGAGGGUGGAGGUAUGGUUUAAGAACCGAAGAGCUAAGUGGAGAAGACAAAAGAGAGGGGCAGCUUCUGUGAUCAUCCUUCAAGCAGCAAAAAAUGUACCUGAGAACUGUUAGCAAAUCAUACAACAUCACACACAUCCACAAUGAAAUGCCCCUGCUUAGUAAAUAAUCCCUUUAAAAGGAGUGGCUUGCAGGAGAAUAAAAUCCUUAUUUUAUCUAUAGACCGUUUUGAUUAAAUGAGAUAUUAACCCUUUGCAAAGUACAACCAAAGUGAUAGGACUUUGUAAAAGGAGCACUUUUCCAAAUAUAAUCUUUUAGCACAUAUGAAUUCUUUGCCUUACAUACGGCAUUAAAGUUUGCGCAUACCCAAUUUCAAGAUUGAGUUCUGUUGCAAAGAUCGUCAGUGGGAACAAACAUUCAGUGUGGACCACUGCAGCUUGCCCCAGCCAUCCUCAUUCACUUGCAUAGCAUUAAUCUGACUGGCUGCCAAUAGGAUAAAUGCUAUGCAAAUAGGUGACAUAAGGACUGGGCAUGCGCAGUAGCACUUAAACCCACAGCUGUCCUCGAUUAAGUUUCGUACC